GUGCAAGAAUUAAGGAUAACAGGACAGUAUUGUAUGAGAAAAAGAGAGCAAGAGAGGAGAGCUCCUUGAAUCUAGGGCAUCCUGGUAGCUUCUGUCAUUGUGUUCUAUGGUUGAAUCGUGUUACAACCAGUGGCCUAAGAUUAUUGCCGGGAAGAUUUCGCCAAAGCACUUAGAUUAUAUAUAUAUAUAUAUAUAUAUAUAUAUAUAUAUAUAUAUAUAUAAUUAUUACCUAUAAUAGUCAAAAGAGACUCGUAAAGAUGGCACACACUACCAAGAAGAAAGUGUUGCUCGGUUGCACCGGUAGCGUGGCUACCAUCAAGCUGCCAGAGCUGGUGCAGAAGCUGCUGGAUAGAGAUAUGGAGGUGAGGGUGGUCGUGACAGAGCGGGCCAAGCACUUUAUCAAGGAUGCCGAGUUGCCACCGGGUGUCCAGGUGCUGUCCGACACGGUAGAGUGGGCAGCCUGGCAGGGCCGAGGUGACCCGGUGAUUCACAUAGAUCUGAUGAAGUGGGCGGACAUCUUCGUGAUAGCGCCACUGGACGCCAACACCAUGGCCAAGAUAGCCAAUGGCAUAUGCGACAACCUGCUCACCUGCGUGGCACGCGCCUGGACCAAUAUGAAACCGGCGAUCUUCUGCCCGGCCAUGAACUUCAAUAUGUGGCAACAUCCGACCACUGCGCCGCAGGUGGAGCUGCUCAGAUCUUGGGGCUACAAGGAGGUGUCCUGCAUAAAAAAGUUGCUCAUGUGCGGCGACGAAGGGAUGGGCGCGAUGGCCGAGGUUGACACGAUCGUGCAGACCACUGUGCGUAUGUUGGAGCCUCGGGAUCCGUACACUGCGUAUUCGAUACAUUAAACUGUCGCCGGCGUCAUCGUCCUCGUCGACAAUACGAGCAUUAAUGAGAACGUGCUGCCGAGAUCCUUAUGAACGUGCGUGCUACGAAUGCGCUUCGUUCAAGUACACACAGACUUCACUUGUUUAAGACCGUAUACGAGAUACCAAAGCAAAGGCACUAACGAAAAGUAUUUUAACUGAGUUGUUAGACAUCCUCAGUUACGAACAGUAACUUCACUAUGAAAGCGUCAACGUUCUUCAACGUUACUUCAUUAUGAAAGAAGUUCCAACUCUACAGCCGUAAUUAUUUCGUGUGCAUUUAUUUGAUGUUUUCAUCACGACGAAUAAACCGGCACAAAUAGUACCGCAAUGCUGAGUACAUAAAAAAAUAUACAACUGUGUUCACGAAAUUGUGAUGAGUGUUCGUGGUAAACAAAAGAAAACACGAAUGUCAAUAAUUUUCCUGAGAAGAUACGGUUUAGCAGUUUAUGGUACUUUUAUUUAUCUGAAAUAAAUAAAUACGAAAUACUUUUCGGUGGUGCCGUCGAAAGAAUCUAUAAUUAGUUACGAAAUGUGUUGAUAAGUUGAUGUGUUGAUAAGUGGGGAAGACGGGGAAAAGAGGUUGAUUUGUCAAUAAGUCUCUUCCAAAUAUUAUACGUUGUCUCUUAAGAAAUGCGUUACUUGACAUAAGGACCUGUUGAAUUAUAUUACAAGCGAAAUGAUUGAUGAUUAUUACUAAUUAGAAUUCUAAUGGUGUCGGAACGGUGAAGUCCGUGUAUAUGAUACGGGUAAUAAAGUUAUGUACGUUCGAAAAUAUCACACGAUCGCUUCGCUUAAAAGGGAUAAAUCAAUCGUCAACACCGAAACAGCAAAUAAGAUAAUACAAGUCAUAAAUUUUGCCUGUCCGCCAGUUGCGUCGAGAUGCGAUGUAAAAAAAUGCUGUAAAAAAUGAACAAAAAAAAAGAUUCCGUUAACAUAUCUUACAGUUGAUGCGCCUGAAUGUACAUGCUUUUGUUAAAUAUACGAACGAUACAUCACA